AUGGAGGAAUUAUUUCAAUUAAAGUCAGAAAAUCUGGAUCACUUGUUGCCACGAAUAAAAAGGAAUUUAAUGUUGCCGAAGGAGAAAUCGCAAAUGUCUGCGUUGGAACAACUGACGGUUCUUCUAAAAUCUCAAGUCCAUGCCAUUCGAAGUAGCGUUUUUACGAAGCUCAUCAAAUUCGAUAUAAUUUCGACUCUGUGUGACGUUUUAAAGACUUUUCGGGAACCGCUUAUAACACCCGCUCUCGAGUGUUUGGCAUUAGCGAGCGAACAUCGAAAGUUUUACGAAAGUCAGGUCGCCGCGGAAGCUGUGAGCUCUUUGCUUCGUCUUGCGCAUUACGUUGGAAUGUCCACGGAUGUAGAAAUAUGUCCUUCUUUGGAAAAGCUCCUUCGUGCUAUUCGCGAUAUAUUAUUCAAGUACGCGAAAAAAUUAGGAAUUGACGUCGACAACGUAUGCGCUAUCAAUCAAAUUUUUUCGUUCAUCAAGGAGACGAGCCAAAGAUGCUUAUCCUAUGUAUUAAGGUUUACGAUUAUCGACGUUUUAAACGUCGUACUCGAAUACGUAACUUUGGACGGGUGCGAAAACGAAGAUGAGAGAUUGAUUAUCGAUGUUUGCAACGAGUCGAUAAAAUCGAUGAAAGAUAUCCUGGAGCAUGAUUACGAGGAAGAGUACGCAGCGACGAACGCUAUUGUCGGUUUAUGCUGCCUUUGCGCUUCCAGCAUACGAUUUUGCGACAAGGAUUAUCUGACGGACGUUGACGAGGUUGGUAAUAUGACUCCGAUGCGGGACAAAAUAUCUCUCGCAAAGACUAUUUAUGCAAUCGUUAUGUAUACCAUCAUACCGCCUGGACGCCGAAUAACGUGUAAUUAUGUAUUCGCUCUCGAACAGAACGUACGCUUGGAUCAAGAGAAUUCCUUCAAAUGUUACAAUAGUUUUGUUUCCUGCCUCAACAACAUGUACGAUAUGAGAGAUUUUAGACAAGAGGAUAUAGCUAAUCAUUUAGCAGGAAACGGUUAUCUAAAAUAUUUCUUACGUCUUAGCGCGCAACUUUCGUUUUUUAAUCAGAUAAAAAAAUCCUUCAGAUCGCACCAACGACGAAGUAUUUGUAUCUUAUUGACGCGGACAUUGAUCGCUUUAGCAAAAUAUUCUUUAUCGAUCGACAAGUUGCCCGAGGGCGUCAAUGUGUUUUCAAGUAGGAUGUUCGACGGAUUUCUCUCUCUGCCGAGUGAUCUCGAGCAGUGGACCGACGUAGUUGCGAUUCCCGAUGACCGUAAUACAGCUUUAAUGAUCUCUCUCUACUAUCAUUAUCAUGCGACUAGGGAACUCGACAUGAUUUCGUUCGAAUCUCUGAUUAAAAGGCUGUUGAUACUAGAGGACCUUCGAUCGAUAACCGUACCAACUCUAAAGCCAUUAUGGUUUUUAUUCGCUGUAUCAUUUUUGUCUCAUCCAUCACCGGACAAAAACUGCGAAUACGGAAAUGCGGUGAAAAAAUUAACAAUGGCUUUACAAUACUCGGAAUUAAGCCAGUGUUACACUCAUCAUAUCGAGCUCUUACAUUUCUCUCUUAAAUGCCCAGAGAUAACGAACGACUUACGAUACAGAGUGAUGGAUAUGUGGCUGAUAGAAUCGGACGGUGACAUCGCACCUCUCUUGAAGCUCGAUUGUCACAGCGUCGUUAGGCAUUGUUUACUGAUUAUAGUACAAAAUGGAAGUCUCGAUGGCGUCGUUCGCUUAGCUGUAAAAGGAAUACGUCAAUCAAUGCAGAUUGGUAAUUGCGACGAGAUCGCCGAUAUAGUUUGGAACAUGCUUCCAAGUGUUCUGUUGUCCGGCAGUCCAAAUCGAAUUGAACAUAUUGAAGCGGUGCUUGAACUAUCUAGUACGUUGGAGCCUCGUUAUUUGUCAACAAAUACAAUGAAGAUGUGCGCAGAUGCUCUCAUAAAAAUGAUUUUAACCGAGGACGUAGAUGUCAAUUUUCAGAAAUUACUUGUAAAGCAGGCAUACAUCGUACUUGUCGCUUCUACGGCACGCAAUUAUCUAAAAAGUGAGUGGCAUCGAAAGGAUCAGGCUAAAAUAAAACGGUACGGGAAGAAUGUGCGUUUUACAGUUCUUUCAAAGUACGUGAAUGAGACGAAAUUAUUGAAGAAAUUACGCGAUUAUGCGUUUUCCAAAGACGAGUCGAUAUUAUCUGCAAUUUCGUUGAAAUUCCUCGCUUUUAUUAUUCAUUUUCAAUCACGAUCUUCGAUCGAGUGCGUCAAACCCGUAACGAUCGAAAUGCGCGAAUUAUAUGCCCUUUUGUGGAUCGUAGAAAAGUCAGGACCGGUUUGUUCGAAUGGCUUGGAAUUUUUACACGAGUUGUUGAGUCAAAACAAUGCAGGAAUGGCUGUAACGUUGAAAGACGUUUCCUUUAACGGAGCAGAUAAAGACGAAAUCACAACGAUUCUAGAUAUUUACGAGAUGCUUCAUGUUAUUCACUCGAAGAGCAUUCCAGCGGAAAGAGAAAUUGUUUAUCAAUGCCUGGCCGACGUUCUCAAGUUUUGUCACGUCAAAGUAGAGACACUGAUGUAUCACCUAUGUACUGCCAUUAGUAACUACGAUCUCGUUAUCGGAAUAGUAAAAACUCGCUAUCGGUCUUCUCAUUUUCUUCAUUUCGUCACCACGUGGCUUCGCUAUCGAAAGAUAUACAGCGACGACGAAGUGCCGUUUAACUCAAGAUCUUUGUUCAAGUCACCUUUCGACGAAACUAUGGAACAAUUAUCGGAAUACGUGGAUUUUCUCAAAUCCGAAGACGAGGAUGAGGCGUGCUCACGAUUGUAUCACGCGGUGAGUACGAUCGUGUCGCGUCUAUAUAUUCUUCAAAUAUAG